CGUUUUUAAAUUCUCAGACAGGAUAGUGUUCAUCGUGAAUAUGAAUUCCGAAGCAAACCAGAAUAUUUUUUACUUUGCCGUAUUGUUAAUAAUACUUUCGAUCGUCUUUUUUACCACGAACCUUGUUUUGGUAUGGAAGCAAAGACCACCUGGCCCCUGGGGACUUCCAUUAGUGGGUCACCUACCCUUCCUUGGAUCUAGGCCGCUGGAUAAAUUUAAACAAUAGCAAAAGGAGUAUGGCGAUGUAUUCUAUUUACGAUUCGGAUCGUGGCCCGCUGUUGUCAUCAAUGGAAAAGACGCCGUGAAAUCAACCCUUACUCAAGAGUCCGAUAAAUUUGCUUCUCGGCCACCGUUCUUCUCAGUGAAAAGCGUGAGCGGAAUGAAAGGCCUUUCUUUCAGUGGGUUUGACGAGAGGUACUUGCUUCAUCGAAAAAUUGCUUGUAGUGUAAUCAGAGAGAUUGGAGGUUACGACAAUGCUAAACUAGAAGAUGUGUUUCGAGACGAAUCGAACAUACUGGUGUCGAGGUUUUUGUCAAACGAAGGCAAACCGUUUAACCCCAAAGAUUUAGUUUACACAACCGCAGGGAGCAUUAUGUACCAGUUCUGUUACGGAAAGGGCGAGAACAUAUGAGAUGAUCCGGCAUUUCUUAAGGUUAUGAAAAACCAAGAAAUAUUCCAAGAAUUCUUCACGAUGGGAAAUUAUUUUGAUGUUCUCCCUUGGUUGCGAUACAUUAUGCCGAAUCAAUUUAGCAGGUUUUGGGAAAUGAUUGAACACCUUAAGAAUGCCGGAAACGAAAACAGGGAAGAUAUUAUGAAGACAUUUGAUCCAAAUAAUCCUCGUCAUGCGUUAGAUGGCAUACUGAUUGCUUGUUUGAAGUACGACAUAACAGAUGUCCCAAAUGAAGUGGGGCUAACCAAGACUCAGCUGCUCGACACAAUGCAAGACUUUUUUGGCGCUGGAUACGAAACUAUCGCUUCUACCCUGAGGUGGGCGUUGAUGUAUUUUGCUGAAUAUGAAGACGUUCAGUUGAAAGUUCAGAGAGAAAUAGACGAAAAAAUAGGAAGAAACAAAGCUAUCUCUGUGAAAGAUCGACUUAAUUUGCCUUACACCGCGGCUACUAUUCUAGAAAUUAUGAGGGCGGCACCAGUGUCUCCUAUGGGACUACCGCACCAAGCAACCAAUGAUGUAUUUGUAAAAGGGAACUUAAUUGAGAAGGGAACUGUCGUGUUUUUUAACCUCGCCUCGGUUAUGCAUGACGAAUAUUGGGGCAAUCCGUACGAGUUCCAACCAGAACGUUUCCUAGAUGAUAAAGGAAAUUUGAACAAAGAAAAAGCCGACAAUGUGUUGUCAUUCAGCGCCGGAAGACGGAGCUGCGUUGCCAAAAUGAUUGCACAGGCUGAGAUUUUUUACGUAUUGUCUUCAGUGCUACAAAACUGUAGAAUUUACAAACCUGUGGACACAAUCUAUGACUUUGAAGGCCUUUUGGAAUUAAGUUACAAGCCCAAAGAAUAUGAACUGUGUGUUGAUCCAAGAUAAUGGAUGUAUCAUCGUCGUUCCAAUGUGAUGAUUUACGACUAAUUUCUAACGUAACUGACUGAGCUACAUAUGCAUCUUUAAAGCUAUUCAAAAUUGUGCUGAAAAAUAACUGAUCAAUAACCUGCAAAUAUGUUUGGUACAGUAGGUAUUAUAAAAGUAAAUUUAUAUUUUGGUAUUUUAUACAAUAUAAGAUCUACUAAUGACAGUAUUUAUUAUUAUUAAAAAAUAUGUAACAUA